CAAGGGGAGACUAGAAUGAAAAUUUGAAACAAGCGUGAACGAGAGUAACGUCGCCGGUAAUAAUAAAUAAAUAAAUCGGGCGAAAUGGAACCGUUUUAUUGCUGCAGUGAUAUGAAGCGAUUUUGAACACUUUAAGGCAUCUAGAUCUACUGAGUAUGAAUUCAGUGUCUUUGGAUUCAGCAAUGGAGUUAUCAAGGUCCUCCUCUGAGACGGCAAGCUUUGGGCCGACCAAGUACAAUUGGCGCAUCCCUCAUCAUAGCCUCAUUUUGUGCAACAACCUAUUGGCACAGUUCCAAGAAAGUUCGAACUGUGAUCUGAUUUUACGUAUGGGUAUGAACCAGCUGGCAGUUCACUCAUGCGUAAUGGCAGCCUUCAGUCUCAAAAUUCGCUCAAUGUUGCCAGACUCUUUGCAAGGCAACUUCUGUCUGCGCUCCAUUAAUGUUCCUCACAGCUUAAGUGUGGUCGAAGUGAUCGUGUCCUCUUUCUACAGUGGCGUGUUUACUCCGCCAUGUGAUCUCUUAAAAGAGAUUUCCUCUGCUGUUAACUGGUUUCAAGUGGAGGACCUCCGCCCGACUGUUGAAGAAUUUCUCAAAGCCAAAGGUUCAGAGAAAGUGGUUACAAUGCCUAAACCUGAAAUGAUAGCUCAAGAAAAUUGUACGUCAAAGCGGAAGGCACAGAAAAAACAGUUGAAUGGUACAGUCACAAAGAAAUGUAUCCAGUUGUUGAAAAAGGAAACAAUUGCUUCAGUAAGAGAAAUGGGUGUUAGCAGGAAGAAUCCUGACAUGUCUCUCAAAGGUUUACGGUUGGGUAAGGUACAGAAAAAGUGUCUGAAGCAAGCUGUUGAACAACUAAGACGAACGGCUGAAGAGAACUGUGCAGAAACAUUGACCAACAAGAAGUUUGUAGGAAAUAUGUCAGAUGUGGAUCACAUGCUUCCUCGUGUUUGUCUUUCAGAUUUGCAAGACAUCAUCAAACGAAAGAAACAAGGCAAACACCCAGUUGAGGAAAAGUCUCUCAGGCUUUUUACAGAGAAGGCAAUUGUCAUGGAGGAGGAGUCAGGUGUUCAUAAUGAUAUUCCACAAGUUUCUCUUGAAGUUUUGCCCAGCACAGAGAUUAAAGCAAAAAACAAAGAGAUUGGAGAUGAGCAAGUAAUGCCCAAGGUUAUGGAAGAAGGAAAUUGUGAGACAUUUGAGGAAAAGGGUUCUGGGCCAUCCACUAGUCACACUAUUGUCACAAUGGACAACUUAGAUGGGCAUGACCCGAGUCCUCGUAUGUCUCUUGGAGACUUGAAAGACUUGAUCAAAGUAGAGAUGGUGGACUCAUGUGAGGAUGAAGACACAGCAUGUGGUCUGCCUGUUAAGUUGCUUGAAGCUGAACAUGAUGUAAACACAUUCUCUCCCCUUAAUGAAAAACAUUUAGCAAAAGGCUCUUCCAAACCUCAAGCUUCAUUUAAAAUGAACAACAAUGUGGUGAGAAAGCAGAAAAGAUCAGAUGGGUUAAGCCAAAAGAAAGCAAAUAAGGGGAUCAAAGAGACUACAGAAAUUUCUAAGAAUGGCAGCAUGGUAACACCUGUACAGACAUCAGAAGAAACCAGUGUGGACUCAGUGCUGGCAGAGGAUGUGAAGACUGACUUAGAUUUGUUCCUGAAUGGUGAGAGGAAGAUAUCGUACAAAUGUGACAAGUGCUCGCUGCAGUUUGAUGACGAGUACAAACUCAAUGAACACGUGCUGAACCAUCCCACAUACCCCUGCAAAAUGUGUGACCGCGUGUUCUUUGUACGGCAGCACCUGACGCGUCACGUGAACACCAUACAUGAGGCGCAGCACAUCCUUCGAUGCCGGAUCUGUCUGUACCUGGCGAAAACUCAGAAGGAACUUAGGAAUCACUUUGCUACCACUCACCAGGAUAUGGCACCGAAACCGUUUUUCUGCAGUGUGGAAGGGUGCAAGUUCACCGCUUCACGGUUUUCGGCAGUCACUUUGCACCUGCACACCGUGCACGCGGAGACAAGAGAGUUUGUGUGUGAGCAGUGUGGCGACCGUUUCCCAACACAGUGUGCUCUAAAGAGACACAUGCCAUCAUGUCUUCGUUUGGAACAAUACUUAUGCGAUCUCUGUGGUCAGGGUUUCAAUCAAAAGCCCAGCAUGGCUGCUCACCGCCGCGUCGUGCAUUUUGGUGAAAAACGGUACAAGUGUGAGAUCUGCCCUGCAGCCUUCGGUCACCGGGCAAAUUUUAUGCGGCAUUUACUUAUCCAUAACAACAGCUUCCCUUAUGCCUGCCAGCACUGCAGCAAAAAAUUCCGACACAGCAACUCUUUAAAGUCCCAUGUGGAGACCCAGCACAAAAAUUUAGACGAUGCUGCUGAAUAUCUGCUUCAGUACAAAAACAAAACACGUGGAGGCUCCAGCUAUAAACGAAAGCUCAAGUCUCAAGCAUCAGAUCAUUUCUUGUCCACCCUCACUACCUCUGUCCAAAGGUCAUCACACAUCUCACCCCACCCACUCUCACAUGAGGACAAUGAUGCUGAAAGGCUUGUGGCGAAGGAUUUGGAAGAAGUCUUACCAUUGUUGACAGGUCCCGGGACGUUUUUGGUUCCUCACAAUCAACCUCUCCCCUCGCUCUGUGCUCAUGUGAAGCAGUAGUUAGAAAUAUGCUUGUAUGUUUGUUGUAUUGUAUCACAUAGUUUUUCUGCUUUUAUGUUAGUAUGAAGGAAUGUUUUGGGGCCCUCAAAGUGAUACAGGUACUGCUGCCAAAUCACCUUUAAAAGAAGACUUUAAAGUAUUAUUCUCUCUGUUCUCUCUCCAUAGAAGCACUUCAACUUUAAUUAAAAAAUUGCUGCAUUUGUGUGCAUUUCUGUCUGUUCCAUUUUUGAUUGAAGAGCGAAGAAAAAAUCUUCAUUGUCUUUUUUUUUCUUUCUUUUUUUAUAGCUCCAAAAUAUCUAAUCAUCCUUUUUUAUUGAUUUGUUUUGAGUGGUGGCACUGUUUGAUUUCUCUCAAUCGCAGCAAGUACUUGGUGAGCUUACUGCCCUGAUUUUCACAGGGACACAGCAUCACUUUUCACUCGAUUCUGUUACUUUUACUUUUAGUUAGCUUGACUCAGCAUCCCGUCGGAGCUCCCAGGCUCAGGGUCACAGGGUUAAUGAACCCUGAAACGACUGCUAGUGUCAGAUAAGAAGUUCACAUUUUUGUCUAUGAAUGAAACUAUAUAACUUCUUCCCCAUCCUACACAGCGAACCAUUACACUGAUGUACUAGAAGCUCAAUGUCUUGAGAUUUAUUCUGCAUUUAAAUGGUUGAUUUCUGUUCGUUAGUUUUUGUUGUAGACAAGUGUUUGUAGAGUACCCAAUUUGUCCUAUUUUAGUUACAUACUUA